GCCAGAUGAGGGACCUAAAGGGGCCCUGGGCUUUAGGCUCCAACCCUGGUGUACAACUUGGGUAGGAAGCCUGUGGCCCUCCAAAUGUUAUUGAACUCCAACUCCCAUAAUCCCUGGCAAUUUCCCAUGCUGGGUGGAGCUGAUGGAAGCUCGAGUCCCAACAACAGCUGGAGAGCCACAGCCCUGGUCUACAGCACCAAAGAAGACUGGGCAGAGUGUGUGAGAUUCCAGUGAGUCCCUGGAGAACAGAACCAUACAUUUGAAAACAAGUUUUGGCUGGUACAAAGAUUGGUUAUAUUUAUAUGCAGUAAAUACAGAGAUAGACAAAGAUAGAUCUUCACGAGGACCAAGCCUGGAAUCCAGAGGAACAGAAAGAGGACUCAGUCCUGAACUAGACCUGUACCUGAGCAACAGGGACGUGUGAGAGGUACAGUAUGCCCCAGGAAAAUCUCCCAAAGGAAAGAGAGUGACCAGGAAACAGGAUUGAAGUGUCCUCAGCACCAUCCUCCAGAAGCAAUGCUCUAGGAAACCUUUCCACCAUGAAGGGCUUAGGAGAUAACAGAAGCCGCCAUCUUUCUGAUAACCUGGACUCCCCUCAAGACUCUCUUUAUGCCACCCAAGACAGGAACCCUUAUCUCCUCAGCCCCACAGAUUCCUACACAAUGGACCCUCGAUUUCCCACACCAAACUCCCUCCACAGCGAUUGCCUCCUUCCACUCAACAACCAGAUUUCCAACAGCAGCACAUUUCCACGGAUCCAUUACAAUUCCCAUUUUGAGGUACCAGAUGAGAAUCCCUUCCCAAGCCAUGCCCAAGCCACCAAGAUCAACAGGCUCCCAGCCAACCUCCUAGACCAGUUUGAAAAACAACUGCCCAUCAACAGAGAUGGCUUCAGCACCCUCCAGUUCCAAAGGACCUCUGACCCCAAACACCGGAGUGAGAGCCCCGGGAGGAUCCGGCACUUGGUUCACUCAGUCCAAAAGCUUUUUGCCAAGUCACAAUCCCUGGAGGGUGCCUCCAAAGGCAGCAUGAAUGGCAAGAAAGGCACUGAGGACUCAAAGCAGAACCGCAGGAGCAAGAGCAAGGACCGCGCAAAAACCACUGAGACUAAACGCAGGACCAGAUCCAACAUAUCGGGCUGGUGGAGCUCAGAUGACAAUCUAGACAGUGACACCUGCAACUAUCGUAAUCCUAUGGGCCUCAUGACUCUUGGCAGACAGCCUGAUCACAGCCAGCCUAGGUACUUCAUGCACGCUUACAACACAAUCAGCGAACACAUGCUGAAAUCCUCUAAGAGCAAUAAUGACCUCAAGGUCACCCCCUGCACCAACAUCCCCAUCAGCAGCGAGUCCAACUACAUCAAGAGAGGCUCCUGGUCCACACUGACACUCAGCCAUGCACGGGAAAUGUGCCAAAAGGCUUCCGCUACCAUUGAUAGAGCUUUGCUGAAAUCCAAGUCCUGCCACCAAGAUUUAGCCUAUCAGUACUUGCAGGUGCCUCAGGGAGACUGGAAUAAUACAUUGACUAGGGAUAAAGACAAUGAAAUCCCAUGUCGGCGCAUGCGGAGUGGGAGCUAUAUCAAAGCCAUGGGGGACGAUGACAGUGAAGACUCAGAAACCAGCCCCAAGCCAUCCCCAAAAACUGCAGCACGGAGGCAGAGUUACCUCAAGGCCACUCAACAAUCACUGGGCGAGCAGAGCACCACUCACAGAAGUCUGGACCGCCUUGAUUCUGUUGAGAUCAAAUUCCCAAGCUGGGAGGAAGAAUACAACCAGAUCACGGACAACCUUAACGAGUCCAGUUGCAUCAGCCAGGCAAGAGAACCAGAGCUGAAUGACGAAUAUGAGGGGAUGUGUGAAACAGCCUACAGUGAAGCAGAAUCGGCUGCUGUUGAAGUUCUGGACCUGCCUCUUCCCAGCUACUUUCGCUCCCGGAGCCACAGCUACCUCCGAGCCAUCCAGGCAGGCUGCUCCCAAGAGGAGGACACUGUCUCUGUUCGGUCCCUCUCUCCACCCCCAGCCAACAGCAUCAGUGGCGGUCGAACUCUUCCCAGCAACAGCAGUAAGUCUGACCAUGCAGAGUGGAGGGGGUGGAUGUAACUGGAGGGGGCAACCAGGCAUUGCUCAGGUAGAGUGUGAUGAGCAUUGUAAAGAGAGU